AUGUGGGUGCUUACUCUAAGACUGGUCGCACAAGACCGUGAAAUACGCAGCCUCCUCUCCCCCGCGCCCAAGCACCUUGGCAGCCCCAGCACGCGAGCGCUCUCAGAACUCAACCUCCAUAUAGGAGCUUUGAUCUCCCAGGAGCCUUAUCUGGACUCUUGUAGCUUUGAUCAAGGUACAGGUAAUGGAGUAUCUAGUAAACGUGGUGAAGUAUCUGAUAAAGUUGAUGAAGUAUCUGAUAAAGUUGAUGAAGUAUCUGAUAAAGUUGAUGAAGUAUCUGAUAAAGUUGAUGAAGUAUCUGAUAAAGUUGAUGAAGUAUCUGAUAACGUUGAUGGAGUAUCUGAUAAAGUUGAUGAAGUAUCUGAUAAAGUUGAUGAAGUAUCUGAUAAAGUUGAUGAAGUAUCUGAUAAAGUUGAUGAAGUAUCUGAUAAAGUUGAUGAAGUAUCUGGUAAAGUUGAUGAAGUAUCUGGUAAGGAGGAGGGAGGGUUUCGCGGCUCCGAGAGGACUCAGUUUCUCUCUAAAAGGUGGUACCGGGGUUCGAGACCCGUGGGGGGCAGCAGCGGGGUGUGGAUGGUGGGGGGGUCGCUGGUACUGGGGCGGGUGGGGGUGGAGGACACCGCCCAGUACACCUGUGUGGCCAACAACACCGCUGGUGAGACCCGGUACUCCGCCCACCUGUUGGUCACCUUGCCCGUCUCUGUCCAGGUGACGCCGAGGGAGGUGCAGGUGGACGCGGGGGGGAGGCUGGAGCUGAGGUGCCACGUCUCAGGUGAACCCGUCGACACCGUCACCUGGUACAAGGACGGCACCGUGCUGAGGUCAGGGGGGCGGGUCACCAUCAGGCCGCGGGAGUCACUACAUGUGUCACCAGUUCACGCCUCCGACGCCGGCGUCUACCAGUGCGCAGCCACCUACGCGCAGGACUACGCCCACGCCCAGGCCUACGUCACGCUCGGAGCUGCGGCACCACAGCUGGUGUACCGCUUCAUCGAGCAGACGCUGCAGCCAGGACCAGCUGUCUCCCUCAAGUGUAUAGCCACGGGCACCCCCACACCCCACAUUACCUGGGUGUUGGACGGCUUCCCCAUCCCACCAUCCCACAGGUACGUGAAGGGCCAGUACGUGUCAGCGCACGGGGAGGUGAUCAGCCACGUCAACAUCAGCACGGUGCACGUGACGGACGGCGGCACGUACAGGUGCACGGCUGAGAACAGCGCCGGCAGCGUGGUGCACUCGGCACGCCUCAACGUGUACGGCCCGCCGCACGUGCGGCCCAUGGGCCAGGUGUCGGCCGUGGCCGGGGAGACCUUCCUCGUCACGUGCCCCGUGUCCGGCCACCCCGUGCACAAGAUCACCUGGAAGAAAGACGGGGUCCGGCUGCCCACCACCCACCGACAGAGGGUACACGCCAACGGGACGCUGGUGGUGGAGCAGGUCACCCGCGGCACUGACGACGGCCAGUACUCCUGCACCGCCUCCACCAGGCAGGGCCUCUCCGACACCCAGCACCUCACCGUCCGUGUCAUGGGUUGUCGAGUUCUUCCAGCUCCUCAGAAGGCGGACAGGAACCUUGAAGGCAGUGUGCACCUCUGUAUCGCCACGCUGAGGCGCUGGAAAAAGGAAGCUGGAAGCUUUAGGGUUUCUUGUUGUGUCAAUUAG